CAUUAUAAUCCGCACCAUCGCCGCUACGUGACGUGUUUAAUCACGCGUGCCUCGUUAAAAAAAUAAAACCAAAAUAGAACCAUGAGUUUAUCGUCCUUCUAAACGACAUCAUUAGCAGCAACCGUUCAUGUGCCACUGGAGUUGUUGAAAGCGCCACUGUUUGCAAAAUAUGCGGGUUAUAGAUCCAUAACAGUAAAACCUACGAAAUAAAUUUCUAUAGCGAAUACCCUGCUGAAUCUUUUGUGAGGUGCCGAGCUGGAAUACGAGUGGUCGUCAGCUGCAGGGAGUAGACUAGUUAUAUCAGCGAGCCAGUGGCAAUUUGUUGGUUCUGGUAUAACUUAAUUGUUCCGUCGCGCUGCUCAGCACAACCAAUAUUGACUGUCUGUGGUGAGCUGCUUCCAGCCAGAAUUAAGUGCUUUCCUCGCCGCUUUCAAACCAAGGUGUUUCGGAGGAGUCUGUGCAGCUCUGCUUUUUACGAUGGCGCGACAUCUCACCAUCCGUUCCCCCGGAUCGCCCUGCCUAGCGUCUGCGAUACUUACUGUUAUGAUGUUGCUCACUGAAGCAGGUGCCUUAUUGGAAAAGCCGCCCGCCUCGCGUCUGCUUGCGUCACUGACUGAGAACUAUGGACCAAUCACAGUGCGACCUAUCUACAACGAGAGCCAACCAACCAAAGUCGCAAUACGAAUCUUCGUCACACAGAUCAUUGAACUGAAUGAGCGGGAGCAGUUCGUUCAAAUCAGUGGGCUGAUGAGGCUGAAGUGGCAUGACGCCUUCCUAGCCUGGAAUACAUCCGAUUACCCUGGUGUCGAGAAAUUAUACAUCUCCAUCAGAGACAUCUGGACGCCUGAUAUCACCAUGUAUACCAAUCUCUCCCCGGGCCCCAGCGUUGAUGAGUUCUUUGAGCGGACCAAGGACAUACCGACCAUCGUCACGCCAGACGGUAUGGUGUCCUGGAACUUCCCCGCCAUUCUCAAGUCCUCGUGUCAGAUCGACAGUCUUCUCUUUCCGUUUGACGUUCAGCGGUGCGAUCUCAUCUUCGCUUCCUGGGUCUACACUAUCGUGGAUAUCGACCUGCUCAAAGAUGUGGAGACUGAACAGAAUCUGAGCGCCUACUUUGUACCCAAUGGAGUCUGGGAACUGACGCAGGUUUUAGUAACACGUGAAGAGGUCAUCUACCCGUGCUGUCCUGAUGCAUUCCCCAUGAUCACCUUCUCUCUCUAUCUCGCACGGCGACCUCUCCACUACAUCAUCAGCAUCCUACUCCCUGCGGUCCUCCUUGCAAUCAUAAGUCUCUCCAUCUACGUCUUACCCCCUGACUCAGGGGAGAAGAUCUCACUGGGUGUGACCACUCUUCUGGCGCUGUUGCUGUUCCAGGAGUUGAUCGGUGGGUCUCUGCCGCCCUCUUCCGACGCAACGCCUAUUAUUGGUUAUUUCUUCACACCAAUGGUAGUCAUCGGCUGUACAUCAGUCCUCUGUAGCGUCUUAAUUCUCAAUCUACAUCACCGCGUCAUCCAUAGACCCGUACCCCAUUGGCUACGGUACAUCAUCUUCAGAAUCCUGGCUCCAUCUCUAUGCUACAGCCGCGGUCCUGAGACACUCUAUACCUUUGAGAGGUCCGGGCCGACCAGAUCGGCCACCAUCAUCGAAUCCUGGCCACGCACGUCAUCUAACAAUAUCCGGGAGUCCUCCGUAGAUAGGACGGGGUCCGCAAUCGGGCACAGCAGCGCAGAGAACGGCAACAGCGAUCGGGCCCUGCACAGCGAAUCGGACAUCCCGAUGAAUAACUUCUGCGAGUCUGACGUCACGAAGCGAUGCUGCCAUCACAGCUGCUGUAAAGAAAUGCUCAAGGCCGUGGAGAGAAUACAGGAUGCCCAAGCGGAGGGGAAUCACAGUGAUCCGCCAAUUCGCGAAUGGCAAGAGGUGGCUCUUGUUCUGGACCGGUUCAUGCUGCUGGUGUCUGCACUGACAAUGGUUGCUUCGAUUACAGUCACCAUUUUGAUGUUUAUUAUACAUAGUCAGCCAUCCACCUUACGAGUUUGAAUGUUAUGUGCCCUGUAGUUGGGCCGGCCCAGGCCUAUCCGAACUCUAGCCAAUCUCAUCAAGCACACCCCUCGGUUGUAACCAACCAUGCACCAACGUAUACUUGUACUUACACUUCCUUGGGUAUUUCUGAUUAUCUGUGUCCGGGCCAAAUCACAAUUCAAAUCAGACUUGAGGAGUUCUCAAGAGGAUAGCCACCAAGAACACGAGGCAACUUACAAGCACAAUUGUAAAGGUAACCUCUCAGUCUACUAUAAAGAAAUGACAAAUGACAUGCACAGUUUGCUACAACCUCGUCCCAAGGGAUUACUUUAUUUUCAACGUGGUUUCCAAUAGUUACCCCUGGAUUUGAAACUUUUUUCCUGUAUCCUGAUUCGAUACAGAAAUAGCAAGUAAUUGAUUUAUAUUGUGUACUUGGUGUUUUUUUUUUAAAUUUCUAACGUGUAUGACGUAUUCUAAAGCUAUAGCUGUGAAUUAUUACGUCCAUACGCCACCUAAAAAACAAUGCCCCUUUUCCAUUUUGCUAAAAAUAAUAAUUGUGUAAUGCGACACUGCAUAAUUGGUUGGAUAAGAUUGUAACAUAUUAACUUUGGAAAAGUCUUGUUUUCGGAUCUCACGCCGCGAUGAAAUGAUUCUGUUUUUACCUCAGACAGAUACCGCAUACAAAAACAAACGCUGAUUUGAAGCACAGCCGUGCACCAGACUACUCCUAAUUUGCAUUCGUGUGCAAGAUUACCGAGCAUGGAAAUGAUCCAAUACCAGUGUGAGAGAGCAGGUAGUGUUGGGAGCGUAAUGCCCGACACCAUGGAAACGAUAUUGCAGUUUGCUAAUAAUGAUGUGAGGAACUUUUCCAUUAACUCCUGCAAAAACAAAUCGUACUUUCUUCCAGUGCAGUUGGUUGCCUCCAAGUUGCCUGUGAAAAAUGCCUCAUGUGACUUGGCCUUUUGUUCCUCCAUCAUUUUUUUUUUUUGGGGGGGGGGGGGUUUAAACUCUAACACCAUUAAUUAUCACACCCAAACCAUGACCGUGUCUUGAGGGGCAUGGUCGAGGCAAUGUAGACAAUAAAGUGACCAUCACAAAACUAUUAUUGUUGCCGAAAUAGCUAGUAAAAUGGUCAAACAGAUAAGUAACUUAAAAACUAAACAUCCAUAGUUUGGAAUAGUAUUUCAUCGUGAAAUAAUAUCACCGAGUGUGUAUUGUCUAUCAGUAUUCAGAGGAGGAUACCAUACGCCCAACGGGGAGUUUAAUAUACUGUUUAUUUAUUUCGAUGUACCUUUAAAAAUCUCCCUUUAUUUUCAGUUUAUGUUGAAGAUUAUGAAGUGUGCAACCGCUACGUACCGGGACUGUCCAUGUUCUUCAACAAAGUCAUUUUUUCUCUCCUUACGAAUUGUUAAAUCGUAGGAUUUAUUCAAACAAAAACGGUAAUUGUCUUUUUUUUUUCGUCUACAACCUCCGAAAAAGCUCCCCUUUCGGGUUGCUUUUGUGCAAAAGCACAUCCGGCCAGCGAGUGUCAUGGUUCCCGGUCUUAACAUUAUGGAUUCUGAAAAGGGCGGGAAUAAGAUUACCGUGUAAAAAUUGGAUUGUUGAGUCGCACAUAAUUCAAUAUUUGUAAAGUGAUUAUUCCAUAAAUAAGUGUUGGCCGAUUUUUUUUUUCAUUCUAUAUCUCAUUCAAAAGUUAGUUUUGUAGAAAAAAAAGAAGAUUAAUAAAAGGCAACAUCGCGCAGCGUGAGUAAUGUUUUUAUCUUCAAAUAGCCACGCGAAAUUGAUUCAGGUGUUAUUUCUCUUAUUUCUUCGUAAAAAAAGAAAGAAAAACUGUUUACUAGUGUCUUUUAAAUGGUAGUGCAUCAUGUGUUUAUAUGUUUGCUAAAAUGUACAUUUUCCAACGUAAUUUUAAAAGAUGAAGUGAAGUUUUAUCGUAAUAUUUCUGUAAUUCAUGUUUCGUUUUACAUGAUUUAUGUAAUUUAAUUUUUAACCGUGUUAAUAUUUACUAGAGGAUUUUCCAGCCAAAUUCAACAAGAAUUAUUUCAUUUUCAUUGUGCUUUCACAUCCACGUAGAUUAAUUCAAAUCAGUAGAGUUUCGUUUGAGAUAUUGCAUUCAAUUUUAUGUGCACACAUUAUUUCGUUCUUGCUAUUUUUUUAGUUCGUUUUGUCAUUCUACUCCGUUUAUGGAAUUUCAAUAUUGUAUUUGAAUCAUUCCUAAGUUGAAUUUGUACCAUAUAUUUGCAACUGAUGCAGUCAAAUUGACACUCAUCUAAAUCUUUUGUUUCUUCUUCGUCAGUUAGCUGCAAUCAAUUUCAACUUUAAAUUGUUCAAUUUAAAUUAAAAAAUUGUAACUUUUUGUUUGUAUGAUAAGUUGGUCCUGUAUUAAGCAUUUUCAAACUUGCUCAUAUGAUUUUGUUUGUCUCAAUUGGAAUUCAUCCUUUUACAUGUUUAUCUCAUGACUAGUUUUUCAAAUUAGAUGGCAGUCCUUUUGUGCUUGUAGAGAGACUUGUUUAUCAUUAGAAUGUGUGCAUACCUAUGUUCUCCAAUACCUAUGUUUCCCCACCCUAACCCUAACCCUAACCCUAACCCUAAGGAUUUUGGGGAACAUGAGUAUAGGGGAACAUCGGGUAGAACCCCUUAGAACCAUAAAGUAUGAAUUCUCCAUGAAAAAAAUGUAAUUACAUAUACACUGAACAAAAAUAUGAAUCUGAGCGCACACAUGUCCAUACGGUUACGGAAUUGAAUUCACACAUGUGGAAAAUGUUUGCCAUGCAAUAACAUUAAAUUCUAAAUCAAGCUGUUGCUACUGGCUUCAUCGAAAUUAAAUGAACCUUUCAACCAUUUGAAUUCGAUUGAACUCAUUCGUCAAAAGAAUGGCAACAAUAAUGAAAUGGAAGGACUUCUUUGACGAUGAAUGCGUAUGCUAGGAAGCAUUCAGUUUCCAAUUAAUUGAAUGGGCCGGACAUAAAUUGAAUGACUUCUUGUCGAAAUUGGCCGGGGAAACCUAUACAUGUAGUAGAUUGCUGUAACUGCAUCGUCGUGUGCUUCAGAAGACAUUUUCAAUUUGCAGCGUUCAAACAAACGAGGUACUGAGAUGUGUGAUGGUAAAUACAUGUUUCACACGCGAUCGCAUGAGGCCUGUUUGUGUGCGUACAACAUGCAAUUAACAUUUAAUCCUGAAAUAAAGACAUCUCUAUUUUAAAAGUGAUGUUUCUAUUUCUAGAUGGCCCAUGUUAACAUUUAACCCCGACCUAUUAUCUAUUCAGGGGCGGAUCUAGCUUUCAGGGGAAAAAAGGGUGAUGGGGGCGCGUGAAGGCGUGGGUUAGUGGUUGAGAGAAGGCGUGCUGAAGGGCUCCCCCCCCCCCCCCGAAAUAUACAACGCUUUCUCUUGCAGUCUAAGGUAAUUACAGGGUAUGUUUAGUAACUUUAGCUUUCCAUUUAUUAUUUUUGGCCCCAUUUGACAAGUAUCAUAACAUUAGUCAGCGGCUAUAGGGGGGGGGGGGUACUGCUAUUUCAAAUAGGCACAUGUAUCUAAUUGAUAGAGAUAUCUCUAUAUCGUUUAUAUUGGGAUUAAACGUUGACUUCGCACGUCAUGAAAAAGAGAUAUCUAGUCUAUAUUAAAGAAAGACCUAACUCCAUAUAUAUAUAUAUUAAAAACACAAAAUUAUGUCUCUUUCAGGAUAAAACUUUAAAAUUACACGCCAUACUAACACAUUGGUGUCAAACAUUGCUUCUUGUGAAAAUAUUAUACCGGCAGCCAUGUGCAAAGAGCUAUUGCGCCAUGGCUACCGUGUGACUAACGUGCAAGCUAGUGAGGCCACCACUGUGACUACUAUGGCUACCAUAUUACUGAACAAAGUUGUUAACAUCACCAAAGACUCGCCACUUACAACUGUUUUGCUUCCAAAUAUCAGCUUACAACGUAGAUAAUGCAGCUGUAACUAAGUUAUAAAUUAAGUUUACAUUAAUUGUGUAGCGCCCUCUACUGGUUUGAAUGACAAAGUGAAGGUCUCAAGAAUACUAGUGUAGACAAGUUGAAUUGUUCGCUUCUUUCCAUUUUAAGCCGCUUUCGAGCGUGCUUGUAAGGUAUAACGGGAUUCCGUGAAAUAAGGAACACAAUACAAUGAAUUGAUAACAUGAGUAUUCUGCGGACACACUGAAAACCAUCCACACAAACGUUAUUCAAGAACCAAAAUAACAUUAUCAAAUAAUAGUUACGACUUUUCAAUAAUUGUUUCCCUUUGUAAAACAUAGAUAAGAAGACUUAAAAAAAAAUUAAAAAAACUAAAACUAAAAAAUAUAAUAGUAAGAAAGGAUUCGCAGCUGCAUGGUCAGGUGCGAUCAUACGUGUACAAACAGUAUGCAUUGUAUUUUUGUUUUAAUACGGGAAAUUCUUUUUAAAGUUAUUUUUUUAUAAAGAUCAUUCCAUAAUAAUAUGUUCACAAUUAAAAAGGGGACCCGCUAGAUAUUGACACAUGUUUGUCUUUAUCGAAAACAGUUUGAGGUUUUUUUUGACGUAUUAAAAAGAAAAUGUGCAAAAGAGUUUAUCUUUUGACCGAUUGGUCAAUCAGGGUAGGCCUAUAUUUAGUUGAAGAUCCUCGUUGAUGUUACGAAAUUGAAUUUCAUUCGCUUGCUGAACAAAAAUGCUACAUUUUGAGAAUUUAUACCCUGCAUCAAAACUUCAAAAUCGGAAUUGACAAAGAAGCCAAACGAGGUUCUGCAACGAUAGUACAUAUCUAUCCUUAGAAUUUACAUUAGGCCUAUACAAAAUUAGUGUUAAAGUAGCUGGGGAAAACCUUUAUUUACAGAGAGAAAGAAAGAAGGAGAAAAGAGCGCCCCCCUGAUGUCUAUUGAGGUGCAUCCCGAGUCCGUUUAAGCUUAUGCUAGGGUCAUACGUUCCCGAAUUAUUGCCACGAAUACCCCGAAGUAUCCCAAAUAAAACUUCUUGAUGGCAUCGGGAGAAAUUAGCCCCGAUUCGCUGUUUGUAAGAAUAAAUUAAAAUGAGACAAAAAUAAUCGAGAACUAGGUACGAAUUGGAACCGAAUCAGACCGAACCAAGCCGAAAGAUUGUGGUUUAGUGCAGUAUGAAACCAAAUUGUAGCGAUUUUGUCAAGAAUAAAAUACGAAUAACUCAAAAAUCAUCCAGAAUGACCCAGACUUAUCGAUCUUUAACGAUCUUUCACUGAACAAACAGAAUCAUUCCGAGGCAGCCAAGAACCAUUCCCCGAUAUACUCAAGAAUUUCUAUUCGCGGCGAUUCGGCUUAUGAAUCUGGAAUGUGUGAACCUAGCAUUACCAAUGCAUUCCCUGGCAUUUCCAAUGGGUAAAUCGUGUUAAACGUUCCUUUGAAAUCACAAUAUGAUUAAUUUAAUUGAAUUGACAAGGCAAGCAUGCGUUCGUGUAUGUUACAUGUCUGUGCAGACGUUAAGAUAAAUUAACGUAUGGGCACACAUUUGCUACAAGUAUGCUAUAUACUGUCAUAAUUAUGUAGUUAUGUCACAGGUGUUUUUUGAAAAUAAAUCUGCAAUUAAAAGCGACCUUUA